GGAAUUGUUCCGUCGCUUGCCAAGGCUGGCGCAUCCCGCAUUGUGCUUGUUGCUACCAAUGUCGAGGAGCUCAAACACAAGGGUGCAUUUCGGGCGACGAAAGAACCGAUAGCCUCCGUCUUCCAGAAAGCGACCGAGACCUUCGGUCCCAUCGAUAUCCUCAUUCACAACGAUGAGUUCAUGAACACGAUGGGCAAUAUUAACGAGGAAAAACCUUCUUUAUGGUGGAAGCAAUUGACGAUCAACACUCUAGGAACCUACCUUGUCUCGAAUCACUUCAUCAAGUCUCUCUCUUCCCCAGAAACUGCGGGACUUAUCAUCUAUCAAGCUGGCCGCUCAGAACUUCUGAGUCAGAAGGUGAUCAGCGAUGUCUCUGCAGGCUACCCCAAUAUCACCACCAUUUCUUUGAACCCUGGCUUGGUCGAUACAAACAUGCUACAGAUGAAAAACUUCGACUGGGACACCCCUGAAUUGGUUGGAGGUACCGUUGUCAGGCUAACUGGGAACGAAGCCAAAUUCCUGGACGGUCGUGUAAUCAGCGUCAACUGGGAUGUGGAGGACUUGUCCGCCAAGAAAGACGAGAUUAUCAGAGAAUAUUUACUGACGAUCAAGCUAGUGGGUAACUUCGGCUUGAACCAGUUUCAUCAAGGUCCCUGA